UUUUUCUGCCCUCUUUCUAACAACCGAGCGCUCACACAGGUAUGCAAAUAUCUCUCCAAUUGCAGUGCCUCUUGAUUCCAAGCUGCUGCUUUGCUCUCCUCCUCCACUCCAGGUUGUUUGAUGUGUGCACAGUUUCUCGGACCGACCGCGAGACCAAACUCACGCUGGUCUUUGAGCAUGUGGACCAGGACCUCACCACCUACCUGGAGAAGGCCCCUGACCCUGGCGUCCCUUCUGAAACCAUCAAGGACAUGAUGUACCAGCUGCUCCAGGGACUGGACUUCCUCCACUCGCACCGCGUGGUCCACCGAGACCUGAAGCCCCAGAACAUCCUAGUCACCAGCGGAGGACAGAUCAAACUGGCCGACUUCGGCCUGGCGCGCAUCUACAGCUUCCAGAUGGCCCUCACCUCUGUGGUUGUGACACUGUGGUACCGGGCUCCAGAGGUGCUGCUCCAGUCCAGCUACGCCACGCCGGUGGACCUGUGGAGCGUCGGCUGCAUCUUCGCCGAGAUGUUCAGGAGAAGACCCCUGUUUCGUGGUAAUUCUGACGUUGAUCAACUGGGCAAGAUAUUCGAUGUUGUCGGCGUGCCUUCAGUAGAAGACUGGCCCCAGGAUGUAGCACUGCCACAGACUGCCUUCACACCCCGACCUCCGAAGCCAAUAGAAGACCUGGUCCCAGACAUGGAUGAGCAGGGCAAGUCCCUCCUAUUGCAAUUCCUGGCCUUCAACCCGGCCAGGAGGAUUUCUGCGUUCGCCGCCCUCAGCCACCCAUACUUCCACAGCGUGGACAGCCUCAGCAGGAGUCUGUACGCCGCCCCGCCCAUCCCCAGCAACAAGCCCACCCUGGAGGAGAGGGUGGCCUGACGGGAGGGGGGGAGGAGUCGGAGGAGGGGGACGCCCUGUUUAUAACCCCCGCCCCUUCCAAACACGCCCCUUUAUCUCCAACCUGCCCUCCCUGGUUGAAGAAGGCCUCGAAGAAGAUGCCUCGAAAAGAUAAAGGGAGAGAGUGCUAAAAGGGAGAGACGGGAGAACGUGGAAGAGAGUUAAAGAGAGAGAGAGAGAAAACGAAAGACAUUGUCCCUCCCUGCCCCCCACCCCCCCCCUCCACCCCCCUUUCCAAAAAAGAAAAAAAUGCACAACAGCUAUCAUCCUUAAAAAAAAAAUAAUGAAUGGGUUGUAAUCGCUGCUUUUUGUUUAGGAUUUGUUUCAUUUUUUGGAGAAUCGGUGUACACUUGUGCACACAAUGCGAGGAAAUGCCAGCCUCGUAGUGACUGGACUGCGCUGCUGGGUCAACGGAGGGACUCUCAUGAACAGUGUUCAAUCCACCAACGGCCUCCUCGACUUGGGGAAGGGCGCUUGAGAUGGCCCUGGCCCUGGUGGGGACCUCAUGAAGCUCUUCUGGGUCCAUGCUUACUGUGGGAGCUUAAUGUAGUGUGUGCAGAUGUACGACACACGCACACACACACACACACUUAAAGAACGUUUUGGGGUGACACGAAAAGCAAACAAAAACUGCCACAAACUGCCAUGUAAUGACUCAUUGCAAUCCUCUUACCCUUAUAUAUAUUGAUUUUUGAGUGCCACCUUUAGGCCAUACUGAGUAACUGCAGACCAGUAGCAGGAUUCUAAUGGUUUUGCACCACUGUUCAUUUUGAAUAGAGUUCAAGCUCUCCACAGAAUAAAUACAUAAAUAAGUCAGCUCUAAUGUGGGCUGCCUGGCAUUAGUGUUAAGACAAUGAGAUGAGAGCAUGGAAACUUUAGAUUUCAUAGACCUUGUUUUUUAUCAAUCAAUUGGUGCUUAUUCUUUGCUUAAAGGCAAGCCGUCAUGUGCAUUUAUCAUUAAUUAUGGCAAGUAUUUUCUAUUCUGAUAAAUGAUGCACAGGCUUAACAUUUGCAAAGGAAAGUCACACAUCAGCACUAUUCAACAACCGUACCGUACGUUCAGCGCAGGAUUAUGUCACAGAAGCUAUUCUGUAUUUAAUUUUUAACGUUAUUGACCGGUCUUACUAUAUGCUUGUUAUCAUCUAGGUAUUACUUGAUUUAUUUUUGUAUUCUUUUUUUUCUUUUUUUUUAAGAUGCUGCAGAUUUUUUAUUUUUUUUUGUCAAGCCGAUUACACCACAAGUCGAUGUUAGAUGGUCAUAGAAUCAGUGUGAGGUUAGGUCUGCAGGUGAGGCAUAACAGGUAUAGCCAUUUGGUACUGUUAAAUAUAUAUACAUAUAUGUGUAUGUAUAUAUAUUAGUGCUACUUGCGAGCUCUGUGAUAAAUAGCUUGAAGAUGCUUUAGUGAUGGUUAGAUGUAGAAUAGAGAUUGGCAAUUUGUUGUUGGAAAGUUGUUUGGAGAUGUUUAUUUUUCUUUGUACACCGAAAAACGUGGCAACGGGAAUUUUUGAUUCUGUGGGUAUCAAGCAUUGGCAUGCUUUAUUUUGGAUUCCGAACGACUGAUGAAUUUACUGUGGUUUUGUUUGUUUUUUGGUAAUGAAAUGCACAAAUAUGUUUGUUGAGCAGUAUGCUAAAUUUCAUGCAGAACAGUAUCAUUCUUAACACUGGUUUACUUUUUUUUCUUCUACAGGUAGUGCUGCUAACGCACACACACACACACACACACACACACACACACACACACACACACACACACACACACACACACACACACACACACACACACACACACACACACACACACACACACACACACACACACACACACACAAACUCUAAAACUCUCUCAGGUUCUUGGUUUGGAUGUCUGAGCUUCUCGGACAUCGGUUUGCACAUCUAUGGAUCAUAAUUCACUGACCACAUAACUCUUUCAGGUUUUCUUUCAAGCUGAUCAGCAGUCAUGUCCUUGACGGCACUCUACUGUCAUAUUUAAGGUAAAAUAAAUGUCUGAAUCAUAACUGUCGAAACGUCACAGAAAACGCCUUAUAAGAAUUUUGGUCAUCAGAUGACGGCGAAUACAAUUACCAGCCUGACAAAGCAUUGUGUGAAAUUUUUCUAUUGUCAUUGGUGCAUAUGGAUUUAAUAAAUACCACAGCUGGGUAACAUUGGCAUCAGAAUGAGGUUUGUGCUUAAUCGUCUGCAAAAGUGUUUAAUAAGAUAUACCAGCAAGAUGUCCUCUUAUGCACUUGACUCACCUCAAAUCGUAACCAUUAAAUACUUACAAAUUGUGUAUAUAUAUCACAGCAAGAUGUCAUGUUCCUCUGCACUUGACUCAUUUCAAAUCUUUCUGAACCAUCAAAUAAAUCCACCGGAUAAUUCUAAAUAUUUGUAAAAGCAUGAAUGAAUAACAUUUUUGCUAGAUUUGUAUGCAAUAUUUGUCAUAUGGUUGAACAUUGAAUAAAAAGUAAUUGAUUACUUAUCAA